AUGUCUGCCGGCGUUCACGCCCGGCUGGGCUCCUUGUUACGGGACCUGCAGGGCGCGGAGGUGCAGAGCGAGUCGACAUUCCUCCAACUCGCCGAUGCAAGUCUGGGUCCCAAGAGCAUCCGCCAGGAGGUGCAAGAAUGCCUCCAAGUCGCCCAGCGCAAGGAGAUGGCAGCUCUCUGCGAUGCACUCUAUAAAAAGGCACGUAGCACGGAGGCCGCCUGUGCAGCCGUCCUGGAGAUCCAGACAGCCGAGGUCACUGCCUCGGAGGCUGAGCCGGGGUCGCCGGGCCUUCCCCCUUCCGCGCUGUCUGUCCUGGGCGCCAGUGCUGUCCUGGCCCGCCUGAUGCUGGGGGAGACCAAGGCAUCCCCGCCCCCUGGCUUGCACGCCACGGCCGCGCUGCUGCACGACAACUGCCUCCUGUACCUCUGCGACUCCCCCGUCAUCCAGGAGGCCGUGGCCCGGCUGUGCCUGGAGUGGUGGCAGGCGGGCGCGCCCGGCAGGAACGCGCUCGUCCCAUCCACCAUCGCCUACCUCGUCGCUGAAGCCGUGGGGGCCGGCACCACUGCGGCCGUGAAGCGGUGCCACGCCAUCCGGCACGGCCUGGACCUGCUGGACUACGAGGACGAGGAGUCCAUCGUCCACCUUAAGCGCCUCCUGCUCAAGGCCACCUUCUGCCCCGCCUUCCUGCGCUGCAGCGAGGGCCGCCGCUUCCUGGCUCACCUCUUCCGCCUGCAACCCGCCUUUGUCGCGGAGCUGACGGCCAUCAUCAAGAACCAGGUCCCGGCGGGGCGCGCCUCAGGCAAGUCAGAGGGAGGUUGGGCUGUCCUGGACGCGUACGGCGAGAUCCUGUUCCGCGCGGUGUCCGGCGCGGAGGGCGAGCAGUUGGGCGCGGUGGUGGCGCACUGCCUGCAGCCGCUGGCCGAGGCCGCGCUGCUGGCUUCGUCCCCGGGUUUGGGGGCCAAUCUGCGCCGGGUGCUGCGUGGCCUGCACUCCCGCAAGCACGAGCCGGGGGUCGACGACGCGCUGCUGGAGGCCUACGGCCCGCUGCUGCUGCGCCGCCUGGCGGCGCCCAACCCGCGCGUCCGCGUGGCCGCCCUCCGCCUCCUGGCCGACGCGUUCCCACUGCGUGACCCCGCAGAGGACGGUGCCGCGGCCGACGAGCGUCUGGGCGACCAGUUUCGGCGCCUGCGUGACGCGCUGGGCGACGACGCGCCCGCCGUGCGCGCCGCUGCUGCGCGCGCGACCGCCCAGGUCCUGGGCGCCUACUGGGAGCUGGUCCCUGCCGCCCUAACUGCCUCCCUCCUCUCCCGCGUCUGCGACCUGGGGCUGGACACGGCCAGCAUCGAGGCGCGGUGUGCGGCCGCAGAGGCGCUGGCGGGCCUGGCAGAGCUGCCGUUGGCGGCGCCGCUGCUCAAGAAGCUGCUGCCCCGGCUGAGGCCCCAGCUCUUUGACGCCUCGCCGCGCGUGCGCGCUGGGUUUGCCGACUUAUUGCUGAGCCUCGGUGGGCUGUCCGGCCUGAGCUGGCUGGACGUGGUGGCGCCCCAGGACCUCAUCGGCGUGCUGGGCUGCGACACCCCCGCCCUGUCCCAGCGCGUGCACCAGCUCCUGCUGCCCUCCUUCCUCCCCGACGAGGAGUCGGCGCCGGGCCUGCUGGUCUCCCUCCUGCGCAGCCAGCCGGAGGCCGGGCGUCGCCUGUGCCUGCACCUGGCCGGCGGCGUGGAGUCCAAGGCGCAGGACGGGACCGUCCUGGCCCUGCCCUCGGGCCCGGCCGUGGGAGCAGGGACCCUGGCCUCCCUGCUGGCUGUGCUGACGGAGCACCUGCUCAGCGUGCAGAUCGUGGGCGAGACGGGCCCCGACUCGGCGCCCAGGGCCAAGCCCGCCGUCAAGCCCAGGAGGAAGGCUGGCGCGGGGCGGCGCGGCAAGCGCGGGGCCGGUGACGGCGAGCCGGGAGCGGAGGCUGAGGGUGGAGAGCCGUCUGACCGACCCGACGCCAGCACGAGCGAGACGCGGGCGGGAUGGUCGUCCAUCCUGGCAGGCGUGUGCGCGCUGGCACAGGGCGCCGGUGCUGCACUCCGGGCCGAGCUGCUCGACCCCGGCGAGGGGCAGGCGCAGCUCCUGGCCACGGCCACCUCCGGCGACGUGGGCUGGGCGCGCGCGCUGCUCCCGCGCUGCGCCUCCGCCGCCGAGCGGGCGGCGCUGAUGCGCGCGGUCGCUGCCUGGCCCGAGGACGCCCUGGCCGGCGUUGACCUCUGGGGAUGGAUCUCCCGCGAGGUGGCGGAGGCAGGCCCUGAUGCACCGCUGGAGCUGCUGAGCACCUGCGUCGAGUGCACCCCCCAGCACCAGCUGGCGGCCCUGGUGGCAGCUUGCGUCAGGACGCUACACCCGGCCUCCGGCCUGCCCCCCAGCCGCCCCUCCCAAUUGCGAUCCCCCGCCCUGGCACUCAGUCUGCUGGGCCUGCUGGGCCGGGACGGGCGUGUGUGGCUGCCCGGCACCCUUCCCCCGGCGGAGGCGCCCGGCGACCCGGUCCCCGCCCUCCAGGCCGCCGCACUGAGCGGCCUGGAGGCCGCCCUGGCUGGCGACGGCGCAGGCGCCGGGGCGCACCAUCUCCCCGAGAUCGACGCUGCGGUGUCUGACCUGGCAGUCCUGGGCCCCGUGCUGGACGACCUGCUGCGCCUGGCCCUGGAGACCCGGGUCGCACUGCCGGCCGCGACGGCUGCGUGCAGCGCGUGGGCGGCUCUCCCGGGGACGGGGCCGCACUGGGUUCCUGCCGUCGCGGAGGCGCUGGCGAGCCUGGCGGGGCUUGGUACGACGGCGGGCGGCGAGCAGCUCCCCGGGGACGUGCGGGAGCUGGGCCGCCGGGUGCGCGCCGCGCUGGAGGCCGAGAGCGAGGAGGCGCUGAGGUCGCUGUGCGCGGUGGUCGGCCGAUCGACGCAGCCGGACCGGGUGGCGAGGGAGGUGGCCGAGGCAGAGCAAGCCCUGGGCGGCCAGUAUUCGGGCCGGGUGCAGGCCGGCGCACAGCGCCUGCUGGCUCUCUGUGGUGGCUCGAGGGCCGUGCGAUCGCCUCUGGGCCCCAGCGGGCGAGCCAACGAGGUGGCGCUCCCCCGUGUGGCAAAGGGCGCCGCAUGGGCUGGCGGGGCCGGCCAGGAACUUGUGCUGUGA